GGAAAAGUGGCAGGAUGAGAAAGUAGAUGGAUUUUUUUGUUAUGCAGCCAUUUUCUGGGGUAGUAAUUUCCUGUGGAAAAGAAGUUUGUAGUUUUUAGGGGCCGCAUGAGCAGCCCCUCCCCUCUGUGUCUGUGUAUAAAUGUAAAGGUUUGAAGGAGGGGCUCCAGCUCUUCAGCUUCAUCUCUUUAGUCCAGGAGAAAAACCACCAGAAAGCAACAUGUUGCCACCAAACCUACUGAUUGUGUCGAUCGUCAUCCUUCUGGCCACUACGGCAUCUACUGCGCCUGUGGAGGAGAAGGAGGUGGAGGAGGUGGAAACGGAGGCCACUGAGAUGUUGGAGGGGGAGGUGUCUGAGGAGGAGGAGGAUGAUGAUGAUGACUCCAAGAGUCAGGAUAAUUUUGAUGGAGCUCUCGGAGCUCAGAAGACCACCAUGUCGGCUCCAGCAGCCGGAGGUUCAGCUUUGAGUGGCCAGGCUCUAGAGGCAGGACCCCAUGUUGGAGCUGCAGGAAGCUCUACAGGUCAAGGAGUUGAUCUCUCCCCUGUCCAGUUAGCAGCAGCUGGACCUCCAAACAGCUCCUCAGGCUCUGCAGUAUCUCCAGGUUCUGAAGGUUCCAUGGGUUCUGCAGCCUCUGUAGGGUCUGCAGGAUCUGUAAGUUUUUUGGGCCCAGCAGGAUCUGCAGGUUCAUCGGGGUCUGUAGAUUCCAUGGCUUCUGCAGCCUCUGUAGGUUCUGCAGGAUCUGUAAGUUUUUUGGGCCCAGCAGGAUCUGCAGGUUCACAAGGCUCUGUAGGCUCCAUGGGAUUUGCAGGCUCUGUAGAUUCUGCAGGCCCUGUAGAUUCUGGAGGAUCUCUGGGUUCUGUAGGUUCUGCAGGUUUUGUGGAGUUGGGAGGAUCGCCAGGUUCUGUACCUGCUGAAAUCUCUGGUGUUUCUGCAGGUCAAACUCAUUCAGCAGGAGCUGAACGCCUACCAAGUUCAUCUAGAACAGACGUGAACGGUCCAGAUGGUGUAGACUCAGAAUCCAAUGGUAAUGGGCAGAAGCUGCUGAACGGUGGAGGAGCUGGGGCUGGAGUCGAAAGUCAGACCGGAAUCAUUGAUCCAUCCAGUCAUGACUACCUGCACAACCUUAUGGGUGAGUUACUGUGUUGCUCUUGUUUUAGCUUCAUUUUUUUGUUGUGUUUUGUCUGCAAAAUGAAAACGAUAAAUGCUUGA